AUGUGUAAAACUACGUCGACAUCAUCGACAAACUCAUCAACAUCUUCAACGUGUUCAGAGCUAAGUCCUGUGAAUCACAUUGAGAAUACGAAAUGUUUGGUUUGCUCAAUGCCAGCAAAAGGAAAUCAUUUUGGUGUUUUUUCGUGUAGAGCGUGUGCCGCUUUUUUCAGGUAUGUCAUUUUUUAGAUCCACCUUCCGGAAUGAAAUUUAGAAAUUUAAUUUCAGACGUUCUUAUGUCCAGAAAAAAGAAUAUAAAUGUAGAUUGAAAUCUGGAAAUUGUGAUGUGAGUGGAAAUGAUCGAUAUCAGUGUCGCGCUUGUCGACUUCAAAAAUGUAAAGAUCUUGGAAUGACCCCGGAUAAUGUUCAAUUUGAAGAAUCUACAUAUGUUCAUGACCCAAUGAGUUAUGUCCAAUCUCACGAAACACCGUUUUCUCCGAUGUAUCGAUCUUUAAGACAACCAAAGAUAUACAUUGAUGUGUCUCCAGCAAUCAAUAAAGUCAAAACUGUUCUCGCCUCAUCUUCAGUUCCUCCAAUUUUACAUCCUGAUUAUUUUGGAAUGGAUGUUUUACAUCGAAUGCAAUUUGCAUUAUGGAAUUAUCGAGCACAUCGAAAAUAUGGAGAUUUGAAGUUUGAGAGAAGUAUUGUUUUUGAAUUGCCAAAUAAAAAAUGGGAGAAAGAACUUGUUCGAGUUGCUGAUUGGAUGUGUCAUUCGGAUCAAUAUCGAGCAUUGUCAUUAGAGCAAAAAAUGUUGAUCUUUAGAAAAGUUUAUGUGAGAUGGAGAAAGUUUGAGAAAUGGCUUAUUUCUGUGGACACUUUUGGAGCAAGAGUUCAUAAAGAUCGAGUUAUUGUAUGUGUUAAUUGCAACGCCGCUUCAUUAGAUUAUGUACAUUUUGAUUAUUCGCAAAUCUCUGAUAGAACUACAGAAGAAUUAAGAAGGUAAUUAUCAUAGCCUUUUUCAUUUCUCAAUUCCCAAAUUAAUUUAUUCUAGUGUGUUUGGUCGAAUUCUCAAUCGAAUGUUGCAAGAAGUUGCAAAACCAAUGGCAGAAGUUCAUCCAUCUCCAAUUGAAAUGACAUAUAUGUUAUGUCAACUUGUUUGGAAUGGAUUAGAAUCUGAGAUUCCUGAUUAUCCAACUGAUUACGGUGAUUCAUUUUUGAAUGAACUUUCGAAUUGUCUUCAUGCGUAUUAUGCUGAACAGGGAAUUUCAAACUAUGUUCAUCGUCUUCAAAAAAUGAUGAAAAUUGUGAACUCUGUAAGAGAAAUUGAGCGGCAAAGAGAGGAAAUGAUGUUUUUAUGUUCACUUUUUGAUGUUUUCAAGAUUCGUUUAUCAGAUCAUGAAUUCUUUUAUUGUUAAUAAAAUAUUGUUUAAAUAGACUAUUUGAAAAAAAUAGUUCUAGUAUUUCUUAGAGUAAAACUGGUUAGACCCAUCUAAUAUAUUUUAAAACCCACUAAACUGAAUAUCAAAUAACAAUUCAGAUGGAUGAACCUUCGUCUUCGUCGUCCACCCAAGGAGUGUGCAAAGUAUGUGCUUUGACUGCUCACGGAUUACAUUUUGGAGUUUUGUCUUGUCGAGCUUGUGCUGCUUUUUUUCGAAGAACAAUUGUGAUGAAAAGAGAGAAGAAAUAUCGAUGUCGAGGUGGAAAUGAAAAAUGUGUUGUGGAUACUGAAGAAAGAUAUCAAUGUAGAUUUUGCCGAUAUCAGAAGUGUGUUGCUCUUGGAAUGACUGCAGAAAGUUAGUUGAAAAUUUUUAAGUUAUUGAAAUUAAUCGUAUUUUAGAUGUUCAAUGGAAUCGUGAUUCGAUUCCUUCAACGAGAAAAACAAAAAAGAAAUCACAAGAAGAAAUCCCAUCUCUAAUUGAAGAAAAAACUGUAACAUCAACGGUCAGUCUAAAACCGAAAACAAUAAUGGAUGUUACAAUUUUAACAAAACGAGUCAAAGAAUUCAUCAAUAUACCCGAAUGUCCAAGUUCCGAUGAUGUAUACAAAUCUAUGAAUACUCUACAAAAAAUGGAAUUUGCUUUGGGUAUUUGGAGAGAAAAACAGAAACCAGAAAAAGAAAUGGAAGUAUUGAAACAAGCUACGCUGAGAGAAAUUAUGGUUAUUUUUGAACAGCAAAUGAUGGUUGUUGCUCUCUGGUUGGUACAUUUUGAUAAAUUCAGAGAGCUAAGCGAGGAUAACAAAUAUAAGUUCUUUAAAAUUGUUUGGAAUGUUUGGAGACGUUUUGAAAGAUAUGAAAUGUCAGUGAGGUUAUUUGGUGAUCGAGUAGCCAGUGAAGGAGUGAGUCAAACAGUUUUCAGCAAUAAUUGAAUAAUUUUUUUAGAUGUUUGCAUUUUCACAUAUGCACAUAGCAAAUUCCAAAGAAUUUGCGAUAGAUUUCAGUAAAGUCAGUGAUUUUUCAAAUGAACGAAUCAAACGUAUGUUUCACGAUUCCAUAUUUCGAUUGGCCAAUUUUGUUGCAAAACCAUUAAAAGACCUCAAACCAUCAACAACUGAGGUUGUAUAUAUGUUAUCACAAUCUUGUUGGUAUAUUGCGGGUAAAACAUUAGGCGGAGAAGUUGGAGAAAAAGCAGAACUUGUUCGGGAUGAACUCGCAAACAAUUUGCAUCAAUAUUAUAUCGAAGUCGAAAAACGACCGAACUACGCUGAAAGAUUAGUGAGAAUGAUGGGAAUUGUUAAUACAGUGGCCAAAAUUCAUAUGGAGAGGAAGACAACGAUGGAACUUGCGAGAAUUUUUGAUGUUUUCAAAGUCGAUUUUUCUGAACCAGAUAUAUUUGAUUCUUAA